AUGAAAAGCAACGGCUAUCCUAAUAAUAACCAUAAUGAAAAGCAUAAAUACGUUCCACCUAAAGUAAAAAAUGCCGAUAAAAUUCAAGACAUGUUCAAGGUACAAAAUCGACAUGUUCCAAGAAAGAGUAUUAAAGAUGACGAUGCAAGUAAUAAUUUAACUGAAUUUCAACAAUUAACAGACGAUACAUACACCUUAAAUAGAAAACAGUUAUCAUGCUUUGGUUUGACUUCGAAAUUUAAAGGAUAUGUAUUCGAUAAUAAAAUCAUUAAAAGAGCUUCUAAACAAGCAUUUACAAUUGAUAUUAACAAAGUUGAAUCAAAAACUCAAUUACAUAACGAAAUUGAAAAAGUGGAAAAAUACAAUAACAAAUUAGAUGCUUUAUUCAAACGUAACUUUAUUUCAUGUAAAAAUAUUUCAAAUAUUUUACCCUUUCUUUCGGUUUUUAUUGGAGAUACUUCGCUUGAUAGUCUGACAACCACAGAAUGUUCAUAUAUAAAAUGGGAAAAAGAAGAACUCAACAUCUCGAAAUCAAACAUUAAACCUACUGAAGAAUUUAUUAAGGCAGUUAAGAAUGCAUUAAGAAGCAAGGAUAAAGAGGCUCAGCUCCGUAGGGUAUCAAAAGAAUAUGGGAAUUUUUACACACUCCGUCUUGUUUUCGGAGGGGCCAUGAUUAAGGAAGCGUCUGGUGAAGAAAUUCUAGAUAUUGAUAACAAUCAAAACUCUGAAGUUCGAGUCAUCGGUGGAAUUAAAGAACAUAAUAAUGGAUUUUCUUUAAAGCCUUGGAUUAAAUCUCUCAAUGAUUGUAACACUUGGGAUAUUAUUGAAUAUGAUGAAAUUUAUUCAAUUUUUGAUUUAUUGAAUGAUAGCUUACAAAAAGAAAUUUUAGAUGUUCUAGGUUAUCGCAUUUUAAAAGAAAAAGAUGAUAGAGAUAAUUUCUCUUUACGGAUAGAUUAUGUGAAUGUGCAUAUGCCUCUAAUAAUAGUUCAUCUUAAAAAAUCUUUACGUAAAAAACAUAAAAAUAAUCCCGUAAAAGUUGGAUGGAUCAUUGUUGGUCAGCCUAUAAACUUCGAUUUUGACCAGACAAACUAUCCUGUACUGCUUAGAAGUGGUGAACUUCCUAUUUUUAAAAUAAACAACCAAUACAAAAUAGAAUUUUCUAAAAAUAGAGAUAUUAUAGAAUCCUGCACAUUGAAUUCAUGUGUCCUUGGGCUGCCAGAAGUCAACACCAAAUGCUUAAUGAACCUCUCUGUUUAUGACAUAAAUGAUAUAAAUCAAUUGAUGAAUGAUGAAAAUGUUUCGCAAAAAACAGCUUUAUUCUGCUGGCAAUUUUGA